UCCGCUGGAAGCCCCGAAGGCCCUUUUGACAAAGAUGAAACCUGCGCGUUUGAUAUCUAGAAUUCAGGGUUCUGAAUCCAUAGCACCUGCUGCUGCAAAAGAAAAUUCGCUCGGAGCAUACGAAUACAUCAUCACUAGUGCCAUGCCCCCUACUCAGACCAUAAUUCGGACAAAGGUUCGAUCCGAUACUUGCAGGCCUUCUGCCUUCCGAUGGCGGAUAACGGUGCCCUGGAUGCCAACCAACAAGCGUCUGGGCUUGAACAGACGGACCAUUUGGUCGGACACGGAACCCCGGAAUCUGAUGUCGUGUUCUUCCUCCGUAUAUAAGUAUGCCAGCCAGAAAGAGGUACUGCGUACGGAGAACCUUCACCUCUCCUCCAUACGGAGGACUACGGAGCACCUCGUACCUGGGUACUCGGUACUCUGUACUCGUCCUGGCGAUUAGCAUGCAGGAUGAUCGACGAUUGGUUGUAUCUGAUCAAUACAUUAUUAGAGAUUUGAUAGGUUUGGUGGUUGAUUGCUGGAAGACAGAGACGAAUCUGACCACUGUUUGCUGUUUCGUGCCUGACCGGCAGGCAAACAUUCAAUUCAGGCAGACAGGAUCUGCCCUGUCCAGGAGGUUCUUCUUCCUUCACAGCUCUCUACUCCACGUCCCUGGAGAGUUCUAUUGCUACCUGUGGUCUACAUAUGAUCCUACCUCUUCUCUUCAUUCUCAUACGCACCCAUUAUCCCGUGUUUUCGCCUCGUACUCGCCUGCAUAUUCCAAACCCCCGCCCCUCGACUGGAUCGCUUCCCCUGGCAGCCACCAACGCAGCGCUAACAAGCGAUUCAAGUAGCUACGGAGUAGCCCACCGGGGCCUUCUAGACCACAGGCCAUCCCAUAUAAUUUCCGAUCCGAUCGUACUCGCGUGGCUGCUGGUUGUUGGUGAUGCAUCUAGGAGCUUGGGUGCGCCUAUAAUUCGACGGGUUCGGGAUCGGGCACAAAUUGGCCCUGUACGGGAGUAA